GCGGCGCCCAGUCGAAUGUACCAAAAUGAAAAAGAAAUUGGUACAAGUUCGGAUCCACGCACACAAGCAAACAAAGUGUUGACAUCCACUUGCCUGUAUCUGGUGCCGAGGUCUCUUUUGGUACGCAACGGUGAACAAGUGGGAGCUGUUGAUGUCGAUUUGUGGGCAGCCGAGGUGUGGAGCAGCAGCAGCAGUUCAUCAGCGACGACCGGAAGGUUGUGCCGCGGCUGUUUUCGCUACGUGGCGUAUGGGUUGAAUAACUGGACGAUCGACCGUGCUGAGAUAUUUCGCAGCUGCCAGGCUCUGCAGGUGGGUUACGCCGCAGCGAACAGUGUCGGUGAAUCCCUCCCUGCGCAGUCCCCCCAGACGAUGAUGAUGGAAGGGGGCGACGUUGCCCAGCCGUCCUCUGUGGCCAUGUUCUUCAAACGCGCCGGUCAGAGGUACCAGCGGAUGCUGGAUGUAUGGACACCGUACACGCUGGCACGGUGGCUGGGGGCACUGCUGCUGCUGGUGGCAUUUCUGGGGCGCAUCCUGUACCUGCAGGGCUGGUACAUCAUCACUUAUGCGCUGGGCAUCUACCACCUCAACCUCUUCAUUGCCUUUCUCACGCCGAAGGUGGAUCCAGCCCUUGGCACCGACGACUACGAGGACGGUCCUGAGCUUCCCACGAAGGUCAAUGAAGAAUUCCGACCGUUCAUUCGUCGGUUACCAGAGUUCAAGUUCUGGUAUUCGGCCACCAAAGCAACACUGGUGGCGAUAGCGUGCACAUUUUUUGACGCAUUCAACGUGCCCGUCUUCUGGCCCAUCCUUCUGCUCUACUUCAUCACACUCUUCUGCCUCACCAUGAAGCGGCAGAUCAAGCACAUGUUGAAGUACCGGUACCUGCCGUGGACUCAUGGCAAGACACAGUACCGGGCACGGGACAUGGCUAGUGGCCCGCUCAAGUGAGGACCUCUCUUGCCUCCUGCCGCAGCAUCCAGGAGCUGUGACAGGUGGCUGUGGGACCUGCUUUACUGGAAUUGCAUUCCUGUCGUUGAAGACGGGACCGAUUGGCAGCGCGUAGCGGCGGUGGCGCGCCCUUUUGUGUGUCAAUAAACUGGAGUGGGCCACCAGGACGGCCACACUCCCACUUUGUA